CUUUUGUACCUUUGUUACUCACUGAAUGCCAAGAAAGAUAAAAAUGAUGUUUAUGUCACCAAAAUGGAAAGCAGCCAAUGUAGUCAACGCGCGAGGUUUUAAAUCGAGCUGUCGUUUUUACUCAAAUACUUUUUUCGAUCUUAUACCAGUGGAAACAAACGAAGGGAAAUGCGAGGGAUACGAACGCGAGAUUAUCUGUUUUGAAUGCAGAAAGUGCAGCUAAAACGAGCAAAUAUCACGCACCGAGGAUUACAUCCUGUGUUAUGGUCGUGGUGGUGGUGGUGGUGGUGGCGGUAGCGGUAGCGGUAGCCGAUGAUGUUCGCGCACGCAGAUAGGUUAGGGGACGUGUUGGCCGCUGCCUCGUCCGUGUUUAUCCGCGUUGCCGAAGAAUCGAAGUCGCGUCUCGCCUACAGAUCAUCUCCAGUGCACGCGUCUCCAACCGCGAUGAGAGAUUCGUAGCGGAGGUUAGACGCCGAGGUAAUCGUCGAUCGAUUCCGCGCGAUCGAGAGCGGUGCCGGGUGCGUAGAACACAGCUGGCAAAAUGGGCAAAUUGUUGUCAAAGAUCUUUGGCAACAAGGAGAUGCGUAUCCUCAUGUUAGGACUGGAUGCAGCAGGAAAAACUACAAUAUUGUAUAAACUUAAACUAGGACAGUCUGUGACAACUAUACCAACUGUAGGAUUCAAUGUAGAAACAGUUACCUAUAAGAAUGUUAAAUUUAAUGUGUGGGAUGUAGGUGGUCAAGAUAAAAUACGUCCGUUAUGGCGUCAUUACUAUACAGGAACGCAAGGACUUAUUUUUGUAGUAGACUGUGCGGAUCGAGAUAGAAUCGACGAAGCCCGUCAAGAACUUCAUCGAAUCAUUAAUGAUAGGGAAAUGCGUGAUGCGAUAAUUUUAAUCUUUGCUAAUAAACAAGAUCUUCCGGAUGCAAUGAAACCGCACGAAAUACAAGAGAAACUGGGAUUAACUAGGAUACGAGAUAGAAAUUGGUACGUUCAGCCAUCUUGUGCCACAACGGGAGACGGGCUUUAUGAAGGCCUUACGUGGUUAACCAGUAAUCAUAAAUUAUGAGCAAAUAUUUAUUUUUCACAAAUUAGUUAUAUAUACAGAGAAUAUACGUUUGCUUUGUAUUUUUUAUUUUAAUUUAUCAUAUGGAGGCUCCAUCAAGACGAACAACAACUGACAAUGAUAUAUUUGACAACAUCUUUUUUACUAGUACAGUUAUCACAGAUGCAAAGGG